AUGCUGAUUGAAGAGACUUACAAGGAUGUUAAGACUACCUACGGGACUAAUCUGAGACUUUACACGUUUUCACCCAAGAUUUCGGGGUAUCCCAAAGCGAAGUUCCCUGGUGUUUUAUGUUUUAGUGAAAUCUAUCAGGUCACAGGCCCUGUGAGAAGAUUUGCCCAGCGGAUUGCAUCACAAGGCUAUGUGGUGGUGGCACCUGCCAUUUACCAUAACUUUGUGGGCCCAGAGCCACUCGCUUACGAUGCAAAGGGCACAGACAUGGGUAACGAUUUCAAAAUUCAAAAACCUUUGGAAUCAUACGACGAAGAUACCAAACUGUCCUGUGACUACUUGAACACUUUACCACAGUUCAACGGCAAGAAGAUUGGUGCCACCGGAAUGUGUUUAGGAGGACAUUUGGCCUUCCGCAGCUUACUCGACAAGAGAGUCAAUUGUGCAACGUGUUUCUUCCCAACUGAUAUCCACUGCAAAAGCCUGGGUCUCGGCCAGAACGAUGAUUCGUUGCAAAGAAUCUCACAGGAGACUUCAAAGGAUCAAGAGUUAGUUUUGAUUUUUGGCACCCUAGACACACACGUUCCGCCAGAAGGCAGGGACUUGAUCCGUAAGGAAUUGAGAGAUCAUGGUGUUAGUUUUACUUUCUUGGAGGUGCAUGCCGCCCAACAUGCUUUCAUCAGGGACGAGUCUAGUAAAGGCCGUUACGAUUCUGCCAUAACGGAUAGCUGUUUGGGAUUUUUGUUCGAACAGUUCAACAGAAAACUCGCUCUAGAUUUGGGAGAAUAUGUUCCAGAUGGAAAGGAACUUGAACAUGUGUGUUGA